AGGCGUGUGGCAGUGGCCACCGCCAUGGACAGCCAAUCCCCGGCCAACGCCCGCUCGUGCCUCGCCUUUAAAAGCACGCUGCGCACCCUCUGAGCUACCCUGGCCUCGCCUCUGCAUUCUGCUCGCCUCGACUCCCUCAUUCCUCUAUUGCAGCACACUAACGCCAUGGAUGGACGACGGAAGCUCCCUGCUACCUCCAAAUCCCUGUCCUCAGUAGCCGGUUGUUUAAAUUGAGUUUGCCAUCACCUCCCCCUCGCCACAACGAUCCGUUCGAACCCUUCCCUGAGCGCAGCCAUGACCGGCGAUGCCCGCGCCAUCGCCGCAGCAGGCUGCCACCGCGGGCUCGCGUGGCCAGGCCACCUGGAGCUGCCGCCGGCCCAGCCAACUCCUUGGCUGUGCGCGCGCUCCACCAGGGACGGCUCGGCUGGCCCCGCCGCGCUCGGCCGACGCCGGCGAGCCCCGACCAGGAAAGGCCGAUCCCCUUUCCCUGUACGUUCCAAGGAAGAAGACGAUGGACCAAUCUGCAAAUUCCAGAACAGCAGGGGGGAACGAGAGAUGAUGAUCGUGCAAGUGAUGUGGUGCCAACCACAAGAUGCAGUUGGUGGACGACCUAAAGAAUGAUGGACUUAACCAGUGGAUGCUCGCCAAGCGAGUACCUCCCCCAGCAAACACUGUCUAAGUGUUAAAUUAAAGGUACCUCCUUGAUUUGGUUGAUGGUGUGACUUGGCCUUCAUCCCUGCCACCGGGAUAUAUGGUUGAGAGGGUUACUGCUUCCGCAGGAGAGGACCAGGAGGAGUAGCGUGGCCAGGCUUCGCCAUGUUACUCGGUUUUCUCCGUUAGUUAUUUCCGUUGCAUUAAAAUUAUGGUUACUAUUUCUGAAACUCCGAUAAUGUAAUUACUACUGAUACUUAUUAAAUUUGUGGUAUUAUGCUUUAUUG